GGCAUGGCAGGAAAGUGUCUCCCUGAAGGAGCUGCAGCGCAGGGGCGUCUGCUUGCUGAAACUCCAAGCUGCCAGCCAGAGGACUGGCCUCUACGGACGGCUGCUCGUGACCUUUCAGCCUAGAAAGUGCGAUUCAGACGCCGAGCUGCCCUAUAACAGCUUCGGGCCUGGGGACAUCGUGGGCCUUUACGACUCCGCUGGCCAGGCUGAUCCGCUCUCCACCGGCAUCGUCACACGCGUCACCUCCAGAGCAGUGACCGUUGCCUUUGAGGAGUCCCAGGGCGACGUGCUGAGCUUGGACCGGGAGGGCUCCUACCGCCUGCUCAAACUGGCCAACGACGUCACCUACCGCAGGCUGACAAAAGCUUUGACUGCACUAAAGCAGUAUCACGGUGGCCCAGCCUCUGAUCUGAUCGACGUCCUCUUCUUUUCUUCUGAGCCCAGCGCAUUCAGUGAAACAAAGCCUCCAAAGCUUUACAACGACUCACUGGAUGCAUCGCAGAGGGAGGCCGUCUCCUUCUCGCUGGCGCAGAGGGAGCUUGCCAUCGUCCAUGGGCCACCGGGCACAGGGAAGACCACCACGCUGGUAGAGAUCAUCUUGCAAGCUGUACAGCAGGGCCUGAAAGUCCUCUGUUGUGCACCGUCCAACGUGGCCGUGGAUAACCUGGUGGAAAGGCUGGCCGGCUACAGAGCCCCCAUCCUGCGGCUUGGGCACCCUGCUCGCCUGCUGGAGCCCAUCCAGCAGCAUUCCCUGGACGCAGUCUUGGCCCAUGGCGACAACGCCCAGAUAGUGGCGGAUAUCAGGAAGGACAUCGACCAGGCCUUUGCAAAAACCAAAAAGGCUCAAGACAAGGGAGAGCGCAGCCAUUUUCUCGGUGAGAUUAAGGCACUGAGAAAGGAGCUGAAGGAACGAGAAGAAACUGCCAUGGCAGCAGCCCUGACCCGUGCCAGUGUUGUCCUCGCCACGAAUACAGGCGCUUCCUCCGAUGGCCCACUGAAGCUGCUUCCCGAAAACCACUUUGAUCUCGUGGUGAUAGACGAGUGUGCUCAGGCCCUGGAAGCCAGUUGCUGGAUACCUCUGCUGAAGGCUCCGAAGUGCAUCCUGGCCGGGGAUCACAAGCAGCUUCCCCCCACCAUCAUCUCUCACAAGGCUGCUGCCAAGGGCCUUGCACUCAGCUUGAUGGAGCGUCUCGUCGAGAGGUACGGGGAGAAGACUGUGAAGAUGCUGACGGUGCAGUACCGGAUGCACGAGGCCAUCAUGCAGUGGGCUUCCUCGGAGCUGUACGGCGGCCGGCUCACUGCUCACCCGUCGGUAGCCCAGCGUUUGCUCAGGGACCUGCCGGGCGUCGCCUCUACAGAAGAGACCGCCAUUCCCUUACUGCUCAUCGACACUGCUGGCUGCGGCCUGUUUGAGCUGGAGGUGGAGGAUGAACAGUCUAAGGGGAAUCCAGGGGAGGUGCAGCUGGCCGGGUUGCACAUCCAAGCCUUGGUGGAAGCUGGUGUGAAGGCAAGAGACAUCGCUGUUGUAGCCCCCUACAACCUCCAGGUGGACAUGCUAAGGGAGCACCUUUGCCACAGGUACCCAGAGCUAGAGAUUAAAUCAGUUGAUGGUUUCCAAGGAAGAGAGAAAGAGGCAGUGAUCCUGUCGUUUGUGAGAUCCAACAGGAAAGGUGAGGUGGGCUUCCUGGCGGAGGAGCGGCGGA